AUGACAUCCAACAUAUCGGAAAUCGAGACACUGGAUUCCUGGCUUCAUUCGUAUCAGUUUCUUCGACUAAUGAAGGCUAAUGAAGAACGAGGAUUUGGUAUACCAACGCCAGAAAAGACAUACGAGCCUCGGGAUGAUUUGAAUAAGAGGGUUGCUGUUUGGUCUGGAGACAUUACGAGGCUUCCACUUGAUGCAAUUGUGAAUGCUGCGAAUAAGAAGUUGUUGGGCGGUGGAGGAGUUGACGGAGCAAUCCAUCAAGUUGCUGGCCCAGGACUGCUAGAAGAAUGCAGAUUGCUAAAUGGAUGUGAAACUGGUGAUGCGAAAAUCACAAAAGGGCAUAGACUACCUGCUAAACACGUCAUCCAUGGUGUUGGUCCUAUUGGAGAGAAUCCGGAUUUGCUUGGUAGUGUGUAUACUAGAUCUCUGAAUCUUUGUAUUGAGAAUGAACUAAGGACUGUCGCAUUUCCGUGUAUAAGUACUGGUGUAUAUGGCUAUCCGAAUGAGCCUGCUGCUAAAGUGGCGUUAACAGCUGUUCGAGAAUGGAUGGACCUGAAUGAAAAUUAUACCAAGAUUGACAAGAUAGUGUUUUGCGUCUUCUUGGAAAAGGAUUUGCAUAUAUACGCUCGCCUCAUGGCAAACUAUUUCCCACCCGCUCAAUCAACAGCACCUGCUCAGCCAACAACACAAUGA